AUGGCCAAAGUACAAGGAUCCUAUGAUGAAGCCUUUGACGACGUUAAGAAGCUGAUGCAGCAAUACCUUGAUGCUGGCGAAGAAGUUGGUGCCUCUAUAUAUGUGGACUGGAAGGGAAAAGGUGUGGUGAACCUCUGGGGCGGAUUCUGCGGAGAGGACCAGACCCGUCCGUGGACUGAAGACACAAUCACCAAUGUGUGGUCCCUCAGCAAGACGGUGACAAAUCUUGCCGCCUUGAUGUUAGCGGACCGUGGCUUGAUAGAUUUGGACGAGAAUGUUGCCAAGUACUGGCCAGAAUUUGGCGCGAAUGGCAAAGACAACAUCAAGGUACGACAUAUCUUGGCCCAUACCUCUGGUGUAUCUGGAUGGGAUCAACCGAUUUCUCUCGAGGAUUUGUACGACCCAGAGAGAUCAGCCUCGCUGUUGGCAAAGCAAGCUCCUUGGUGGGACCCUGGUACCGCGUCUGGAUAUCAUGCCCUCAACCAGGGCCAUCUAGUUGGCGAGCUGGUCAGGCGAGUUACUGGAAAAUCGUUGAAGAAGUUCAUUUCAGACGAGAUCAGCAAACCACUCGGUGCCGACUUUCAACUUGGAGCCAAAGAGUCAGACUGGCCACGCAUUUCUCAUGUAAUCCCUCCUGACGUAACCGAAAUAGGGGCAGGCUUGAAAGCGCUUGAUCCCAAUCAACCUGCAUUCAAGACCUUCACCGGUCCUCCCCCAGACGCAGCAGCAGCCAACACCACUGGGUGGAGGAAUGCCGAGAUCGGUGCGGCCAAUGGCCACGGUAAUGCUCGCUCUGUUGUGCAAAUUUUGUCUACGAUUUCUCUUGGAGGAGAAAGCCAGGGCGUUCGGCUUUUGUCACCGGAGACGGUUGAACGAAUUUUCGAGGAGCAGGCCAACGGGGUAGAUCUGGUCCUCGGCUUACCUCUCCGACUCGGUAUCGGCUAUGGGCUGCCAAAUGCUUCGGUGCCGCAUCUUCCUGAGGGUCGGGUGUGUUAUUGGGGAGGAUGGGGUGGCUCCGCCAUCAUUAUGGAUGUUGAUAGGGGGUUGACAAUUGGCUAUGUCAUGAACAAGAUGGCUCCUGAGACAUUGGGUUCGGCACGGGGCCUGAGCUAUGUUCGUUCGAUUUACAAUGUGAUCAACAAGGCGAAGAGCGGGUAG